AUGCCCAGCACUAUCCAGCCUGCCCAGCACUACCCAGCCGAUCCGACACUACCAGCCAACCGAACACUACCCAGCUUGCCCGGCCUGCCCAACCUGCCCAACACUACCCAGCCUGCCCAGCACUACCCAGUACUAUCCAAGCACUAUCCAGCCUGCCCAGCACUACCCAGUACUACCCAGCCUGCCCAGCACUAUCCAGCCUGCCCAGCAGUGUCCAGCCUGCCCAACCUGCCCAGCACUACCCAGCCUGCCAAGCACUAUCCAGUACUACCCAGCACUACCAGUACUACCAAGCACUAUCCAGCCUGCCCAGCAUUACCCAGUACUACCAAGCACUACCCAGCCUGCCCAGCGUUACCCAACACUACCCAACACUACCCAGCCUACCCAACACUACACAGACUGCCCAGCCUGCCCAGUACUACCCGGCCUGCCCAACCUGUCCAGCACUACCCAGCCUGCCCAGCACUAUCCAGCCUACCCAGCACUACCCAGCCUGCCCAGCACUAUCCAGCCAGCCCAUCUGCCCGGCACUACCCAGCCGACCCGACACUACCCAGCACCACCCAGCCGACCCAACACUACCCAGGCUGCCCAACACUACCCAGCCUGCCCAGUACUACCCGGCAUGCCCAACCUGCCCAGUACUACCCAGCCUGCCCAACCUGCCCAACACUACCCAGCCUGCCCAACACUACCCAGUACUACCAAGCACUAUCCAGCCUGCCCAGCACUAUCCAGCCUGCCCAGCAUUACCCAGGACUACCCAGCCUGACCAGCACUAUCCAGCUUGCCCAGCACUAUCCAGCCUGCCCAGCACUAUCCAGCCUGCCCAGCAUUAUCCAGUACUACCCAGCACUAUCCAGCCUGCCCAGCACUAUCCAUCCUGCCCAGCAUUAUCCAUUACUAACAAGCACUACCCAGCCUGCCCAACACUACCCAGCCUGCCCAGCACUAUCCAGCCUACCCAGCACUAUCCAGCCUGCCAAACACUACCCAGCCUGCCCAACCUGCCCAGCACUACCCAGCCUGCCAAGCACUAUCCAGUACUACCCAGCACUACCAGUACUACCAAGCACUAUCCAGCCUUCCCAGCAUUACCCAGUACUACCAACACUACCCAGCCGAUCCGACACUACCCAGCCAACCGAACACUACCCAGUUUGCCCAACCUGCCCAACACUACCCAGCCUGCCCAGCACUACCCAGUACUACCAAGCACUAUCCAGCCUGCCCAGCACUAACAAGCCUGCACCGCAUUACCCAGUACUACCCAGCCUGCCCAGCACUAUCCAGCCUGCCCAGCACUAUCCAGCCUGCCCAACCUGCCCAGCACUACCCAGCCUGCCAAGCACUAUCCAGUACUACCCAGCACUACCAGUACUACCAAGCACUAUCCAGCCUGCUCAGCAUUACCCAGUACUACCAAGCACUACCCAGCCUGCCCAGCGUUACCCAACACUACCCAGCCUACCCAACACUACCCACACUGCCCAGCCUGCCCAGUACUACCCGGCCUGCCCAACCUGUCCAGCACUACCCAGCCUGCCCAGCACUAUCCAGCCUACCCAGCACUACCCAGCCUGCCCAGCACUAUCCAGCCAGCCCAUCUGCCCAGCACUACCCAGCCGACCCGACACUACCCAGCCGACCCGACACUACCCAGCCAACCCAGCACUACCCAGCCGACCUAACACUACCCAGGCUGCCCAACACUACCCAGCCUACCCAGCACUACCCAGCCUGCCCAGCCUGCCAAACACUAUCCAGCCUGCCCAGUACUACCAGGCGUCCCCAGUACUACCCGGCCUGCCCAACCUGCCCAGUACUACCCAGCCUGCCCAGCCUGCCCAGCAUUACCCAGUACUACCCAGCCUGCCCAGCACUAUCCAGUACCUCCAAGCACUAUCCAGCCUGUCCAGUAUUACCCAGGACUACCAAGCACUAUCCAGCCUGCCCAGCAUUACCCAGUACUACCAAGCACUAUCCAGCCUGUCCAGCACUAUCCAGCUGCCCAGCACUACCCAGCCGACCCGACACUACCCAGCCAACCCAACACUACCCAGCUUGCCCUGCCUGCCCAACCUGCCCAGCACUAUCCAGCCUGCCCAGCAUUACCCAGUACUACCAAGCACUAUCCAGCCUGCCCAGCACUACCCAGCCUGCCCAGCACUACCCAGCCUGCCCAGCACUACCCAGUACUACCAAGCACUAUCCAGACUGACCAGCACUAUCCAACCUGCCCAGCACUACCCAGCCUGCCCAGCACUACCCAGCCUGCCCAGCACUACCCAGCCUGCUCAGCACUAUUCAGCCUGCCCAUCUUCCCAGCACUACCCAUUCCACCCAACACUACCCAGUCUACCCAACACUACCCAGCCUACCCAACACUACCCAGCCUGCCCAGCCUGCCCAGUACUACCCAGCCUGCCCAGCACUACCCAGCCUGCCCAGCACUACCCAAUCUGCCCAGCACUGCGCAGGACUACCCAGCCCACCCAACACUAUCCAGCCUGCCCAGCACUACCCAGCCUGCCCAGCCUGCCCAGUACUACCCAGCCUGCCCAGCACUACCCAGCCGACCCGACACUACCCGUCCUGCCCAGCACUGCGCAGGACUACCCAGCCCACCCAACACUAUCCAGCCUGCCCAGCACUAUCCAGCCUGCCCAGCACUACCCAGCACAACCCAGCCUACUGAACACUACCCACCCGACCCAGCACUACCCAGCCAGCCCAGCAUACCCAGCAUUACCCAUUACUACCCAGCACCACCCAGCCUGCCCAGCACUACCCACCCCGCCCAGCACUACCCAGCCUGCCCAGCACUACCCAGGCUACCCAACACUACCCAGCCGACCCAACACUACCCAGGCUGCCCAGCACCACAGGAACAGGAGAGGAUCUCUGCCUCAUCUCAACUGCUCCAACCCUUUGUUUUAA